UACAUUAAACGAUCAUCUUCAAAGACAAUUUGAGAGGAUUGAUAAGAAAAAACAUUCUGUAUUAUAUUUUUAAAUCUGAUCUUUUUUUCAUAAUAGCCCCCAACAGGAUUUAUAGCCAUCUGAUGGGAUCAACGAAUUGAAUGGAGACGGAUUUUGUUUGUUGUCCUUGUGUCGUCUGAUGACGAUGGACACGUGACAUAUCAGACGAGAAAGGAAAUAUUGUAAAAAGGAUAUAAAGAAUAUCAUGAAAGAGAAAUAUGACUGUCGGAGAGCACAUCAAAACGAAGUAAAGCCAUUCCGGUGAAUUCGGAAGGGUAGGCCUACGUAAUCUGGAAGUCGUGUCGGUCAAAUCCCGUGCUUACUGGAGAUGGUUAGAAGGAUGUUACCCCGCCGCGGCGUCGUUUGCCUACAACAUUGACGCCGAAAGGAAAGGGAAGACACGAUUUUUUUCUUCCAACUUCUAGGCCGAAUUAUGUCACGUUAGGAUAUCAUUUUUGUUUGUUAAAAAAGAAUAGUGCUGGCCACUCUUUGACAGUUUAGUUCUUCUGGGAGUAUUUUACUUCGAAAGCAAGUAUCAUUUAAAGGAUUUUGUUUCACGUUUAGUGUUAGUCACGGAUGUCAGCCAAUAUGAUGAGUUCAAAAAAUGAUUUAUAGAACCUUAGACAUUUUUAAAAACGUUGUCCAAUAUGAGUAUGUAUGAUAUGAUAAUAUCUCACCUGGAAUAUUCUAUAUCAUAUGACACUGGAUUAAUAACAGGAUUACAGAUACAUUAAUGUAAUCGUGGAUUAGAUGACAUGGUUCCACGAUCGAGUGCCCCAAGGUGAAAUUUUAUUAUAUCUUUUUAAAAGAGAUUAAACUUUAGUGUUGGUUUCAACGUACAAUAGGUGAAUCCUUACAUUGUUUAUCGUGAAGUGUGCCAAUUAUAUAAUAGUUCAUUUAUAAGAACAGUUUUAAACCUUGAACCAUGUCAGUUCAACCAACUACGAAGCGGAAACAGGCGCGGAUCCCGUCCAAAAUGAACGGCGACGAUCUGCUGCAACUGAAAUACAUGAAGAACGCCGAGAUCAGCCCGCGGGUUUUGUCAUUCAACAUGGCGUCCCGAGUCGAAAUGUCAAGAAAGAUCAACUGGGGUUACAAGGAGCAGGCGCUGAAUUUGGAAAAGGUGAAAAAGAGUCAGUAUCUCUAUUACAAACAGUUAAAGCGACUGCAGCAGGAGAAAAGGACUUUACAGCAGCAGUCGUACCGUUAUAAACAAGCGGAGGCCAAGAUGGAUGUUGAGCAUGAGAAACGCGAUCGAAGGAUACGAAAGAUUCUGGAUGAUUAUGAGGAGAAAUCUCGCGCCAUCAUUGAGGAUAUCUUGAAGGCGGCCAACCAGAAAUCACUGAAGAAGCGGACGGUGGAGGCCGACCUGGAUGCGAGUGAGGAGGAUGGGGAUGGAAAGAAGGAUGACACUGCGAAAGAGGAGGAGAAACGGAGGGAAGCAGAGGAGAGGGAACGACAGGAAGAGGAAGACAGACAGCGAAAAGCAGAAGAGGAGGAGAGAGCGGAUACCUUGGAGGAAGAGUUGUCGUCAGGUCAGGAUGGGUCCCGCGGGAAUGUCCGACUGAGGCAGGUCUGGAGGCCUGCUGAUGCUGAGAAACACUCUGAACGGAGAGGGUCUGUCUAUAUUGAGUACAUCUAUGUGAAGCCUGGUGCUAGGACGAUGACAAUAGAAGUUGUGGAACCACCCAACAGUAAAACGAAGCGGCGGAAGAGCAGGGUGUCCCCGCAUCACUUUGAGAGUGACAGUGAUUUAGAUCAUUCCGGCAAACGACGUCUGUCGAUGCGGAGAAGGUCGUCCAAAACGAUAGAAGUCAACUUGAAGAGCCCAAAUGAACCAAAAACGGUCGUCAGAGCAAGAAGUCCGGAAUUGACAAAGGGGUCGGAGGAGCAGACGACAGCUUUGCCGCCAUUGAAAACUGUCGAAAAUAGGACGAAAGAACCGCCACCUAAUUCUGUCCUUCUUGAUAACUAUCGCGAAAACGGUGUCCAUGACGCCAUUUCUGAGGUUGAGGACGCAAAUAGUGUCGACGUCAUGGUUGACCUUCGCCCAACUUUGUCUAAAAUGGAGAUGCCACAGGCGUCACCCAAAGCCAGGCCGUCUCAACAGUUCAAAGCACUGCCCGCCAUCAGCGAGAACCAAUCAUUAGUCAACCAAGAAGUUGCUGAAGAAGAGCUUGCAGCGAAUUUCAGAGAAGUAAUACUCAGAGAUUCACAGGUUUUGAUAAUAACCCCCACCCUGCAUGAGGAGGAUGGGGCGUCCAUCCCGGACUCAAGGUCAAGGUCAACGAGGUCCUCACGUUCAGACAGCCAUAAUUCUCAAAAGAGAGCAAAGAAACCUGUGAACAAUAUAGAGUACAAUAAACAAAAGCAACGAGAGAGGGAAGAGGAGAGACAGAGGAUUCUUCAGCUUCCUUACACGGCUUACACGAUGGAUAAAGAGGGCAAGGUCGUUGCGAUGCUCGGGCCCCCGAAACCAAUGGACACCAAACCGCCGUCCAACUAUCAGAAGUACAAGCGGGACAAGUUGCUUGAGAAGACGCGAGAGAAACAGACGACGGAGAAUGAGACACUGCAGAAGUUUAUGGGGGAGGUUGGCGAUUACGUUAAAGCGAUGCCGCCGCCGCCACACCCAAACCCCGACAUCAGCAUUGAGGAGAUGGCGCACAUGAUCGAAGGUGAAACCAAGAAGGAGGAACCAAGAGGCAGUCGGACGAGUCUUCCCGGGAACCUUAUGAUAUUCCUUCGGAACAAAUAUGACGAGUUACCAGAGGACAUGGACCCUAACUCAAUGGAGGCAUUGGCCAGGUGUAAAUAUCUCCGGGACUUUGACGCGGAGGAGGCCAAGGAGGCCAAAAAGGCAGGCAGGCGAAAAUCCAGCUGGCAGGUUAACGCGCAGACGGCGUCGGGCAGUUCACCCAGGACGUAGCAGACUGAUGCAACGGACUGGGAAUGAAUUGACAACGACACGCCCUAGCUUCACUCAUAGCGAGUAUGAAAAUUCGUUGUUACUAUAAAAAAGUCUGAUGGAAUAAUGAGUCUGGCGAUGCGGACACCAAGCACGCCGACUCUUGAGCGACAUGUGAACUAAUGCUAGCGAUUGUCCUGGAGGACAACUUUGUCCCGUGCAGUAGUAUACACCUUUCCAGAAAUGGGGCGCUGAGUGUCCGAAAUAGUGAUGUCAUAAGGGGAAACAAGGCCU